AUGGAGAUAAGGUAGCUGGGGAGCUAGUGGUGCUUUCCUGGAAUACAAUCUGUGUUUGACACUCUCUGUUUAAGCACUGCCCAUCUGUAUGUUAUUCAGCUGGAGCCUCUAGGGAAAAAGAGAAGCCACAGGCACAGAGAGCGAGCGAGCCAGGAAGCAAAAGCGCUUUUCUUUUUUUCUUUUUAAGCAGAAUCUGGUUAGACUGCCUUGUUGUGCCACAUCUGGAAACUGAAAGCUGAGAGGAAAGUUAAAAUAACUGAGGCACCACUAAACCAAGGGGGGCUGAUUGCAGAAGAGGGUAAACAAUUACUAAAACGCUAGAAGACCACUGCUGGAUGUAAGGGGAGGAAAUGGCUUUGAUCCCAGCCUGGCCCCUCAUUUUUCCUAUAUUAUUUUCCUUGAGAUGCUUUUCUUCCAGUCCUGCCUCAAGUGAGAGCAGAGUUUUUCAUGUUGACAUUGAAGGUAGCUCAGCGGUCAGCAAUCAAGAAUCCACUGUUAUCAGAGGGCAGCAGCAGGCAGUAGCUCCUGGAAGUUUGGUGCCUUUUACUGAGAAAUGCCAAGAAGGAUUUUACCGUGCUACUUCAGGAGAAUGCUCCCCUUGUAACUGUAAUGGCAACACAAACAAGUGCCUUGAUGGAUCUGGAAUCUGUGUGGAUUGCCAGAGAAACACAACUGGAGAGCACUGUGAAAGAUGCCAGGAUGGUUACAUUGCUGAUGUCCUCAGAGGAGUGCCCACAUCCUGCCAGCCUUGCCCUUGCCCCUUGCCAUCAUUUGCCAAUUUUGCAGUUGCCUGUUACAGGAAAAGUGGAGUAGUGCGCUGUGUCUGUAAAGAAAACUAUGCAGGAUCCAACUGCGAAAGGUGUGCCCCAGGUUACUAUGGCAAUCCCUUGCUGAUUGGAAGCACUUGUAGAAAAUGUGACUGCAGUGGAAACUCAGAUCCUAACCUGAUCUUUGAGGAUUGUGAUGAGGUGACAGGCCAAUGCCGCAACUGCCUGCGUAAUACCACAGGGUUCAAGUGUGAACUAUGUGCUCCGGGUUAUUAUGGAGAUGCCAGAGUAGCUAAAAACUGUACAGAGUGCCAUUGUGGAGGAGGACCAUGCGACAGCCACACUGGAGAAUGUCUAGCAGAAAGCCCUGAAUCUCCUACAGGAAUGGACUGCCCAACCAUCGACUGUGAUAAAUGCAUUUGGGAUUUGACUGAUGACAUCCGAUUAUCAGAUAUGGCUAUUGAUGAAAGCAAAUCAACUUUGCUGAGCAUUUCCACUGGUGUUGCUGCUCACAGACGCUUAAAUGAACUGAACUCAACUGUUUCCCUCUUUGAGAUGAAACUGUCAGAAAAAGAAAACCAUUCUGAACUUAGGAAGAUCCAGAUGAAUAAUGCUGAGACUGAAAUGAACCAUCUUCUUGAAGACAUAGAGGCACUUGAUGUACAGAGAAAUCAAGCAUCAAGCAAAGACCUUCGGAUACAGAAGGAAACCAUGGCGACCAUUCACCGUGCUACACAGCUUGUGCAGCAACUCAGCAAUAUGAGGGAUAACAUCCAAGAAAUCAGCAGUAAGAUGAUAUACUAUAGAAUUCAACAUGAGCUGAGCCCUGAAGACAUCAUUCAAAAGCUGAACAUGGCAGAGGAGAUGCUGAGGGAAAUCAGAAGUCGCAAGCCUUUCACCAGUCAGAAGAAACUUGCUGAUGAUGAGGCUGAUGCAGCACAAAAGUUGCUAAGGCAAGCUGAAGAGUGGCAGGUGUUAUAUAAUGCCACCAGAUCUAUGUUCCCUACUGUACUGGACCAGAUCAAUGACCAUGACAUGAAGAUCUCAGACUUACAGGAGACACUGGACCAGGCUCUUGACUAUGCCCGGCAAACUGAGGACAUAAAUGAAGAAAACACAGCCAAGUUCCAAGACUACAAGGAGCAAGCUGAAAGAGUCAAGGAACAAACCGAUGAGGUCAACCGUACUCUGCAAAGUGCCACAGAUGCUUUGCAUGAGUCACGACAGAUCAGCUCAGAAUUACGUGAUAUGCAAAAAAAUGCAUCUGGAUUCUAUGCAGAAAUAGAUGGCGCUAAAAAGGAAUUACAAGAAAAAUUAGCCAAUCUGUCUCAAUUUGAUGACAAUUUGGUACAACGGGCUAUGGAUUAUGCACAGGAGCUUCAGGAACUUGCUAAUGAGUUGGACUGGAAUUUACACAACAUUGAUACAAAUGGGUUGGUACAAAGGGCAUUAAAUGCUUCGAAUGCCUAUGAAAAUAUUGCUAGUUAUAUCAGUGAAGCUGAUGAAAUUGCAUUACUGGCAUUAAACACUACACACCGGGUCAGUGAUGCUGUAAUUGGAAUUGACACUCAGAUCAUCUACCAUAAAGAUGAAAGCGAAAGGCUUCUCAGUCAAGUCAAGAAACUACAAGAAACAGCCAAUGCUAAUAAUGAUUUAACUGUUGCAGACACAGCCUGGCGUGUUAAUGAAACUCUAGCUAGGAAGAAUGAUUUGAAAAGCCGCCUGAUGAAAGCCAUUAAGCAAAUCCAAUCAACAGAGCAAGGGGAUGCUAGACAGCACUUGGACCAAUCUAAACUUAUGGCUGAUGAAGCAUCACAUACUGCAACAACAGUAACUGAAGCUACAAACCCAAUGGCUAAUAAUUUGAAGAAAUGGUCUCAGGAUCUUCAAAACUUUGAACAUGAUGCAGCUGCAUAUGACAGUGCUGUGAACUCAGCUGGGGAUGCAGUGAAGAAUCUAAUAGAAGUCUUCCCUCAGCUCCUGGAUAAACUACGGAGGGUAGAGCAAAAGUCACCAGCAAAUAAUAUUUCUUCCAGCAUUCAGCGGAUCAGAGAACUAAUUGCUCAAACUAGGAGCGUAGCAAGCAAGGUACAAGUGUCUAUGAAGUUUGAAGGCCAGUCAGCUGUGGAAGUCAAUCCAAAGACCAACGUAGAAGAACUCAAGGCUUUCACCUCCAUGAGCUUGUACAUGAAACUUCAGCAAAACCACCCACAGCUGGCAGUGUCUCCAGACAGAUUUGUCCUGUAUCUUGGAAACAAAAAUGCAAAAAAUUACAUGGGCCUUGCAAUUAAGAAUGACAACCUAGUAUAUAUUUAUAAUCUGGGAGAUAGAGAUGUGGAAAUACCACUGGAUUCCAAGCCAGUCAGCACUUGGCCUUCUUACUUCAGCAUCAUCAAAAUUGAGAGGAUUGGAAAACAUGGCAAAAUGUUUCUAACAGUGCCUAGCCCAAGCAGCACAGCUGAAGAAAAAUUCAUCAAAAAGGGAGAGGCUCUUGGUGCAAAUUCUCUCCUGAAUUUGCAGCCUGAAAAUACUGUGUUCUAUGUUGGUGGGGUGCCUCCAGAUUUUAAGCUCCCUCCCAGUUUAAAUCUGCCUGGCUUCAUCGGCUGCUUGGAACUUGUCACCCUGAAUGAUGAUCUCGUCAGUUUAUACAAUUUCAAGCACAUCUACAACAUGAACACUGCCACAUCGCCACCUUGUGCCAGAAAUAAGCUCGCCUUCACCCAAAGCCGGGCGGUGAGCUAUUUCUUUGAUGGCUCUGGCUAUGCUUUGGUGAAAAACAUUGAGAGAAGAGGAAGAUUCAGUCAGGUGACUCGUUUUGAUAUAGAAGUUCGAACACCAAUAGACAAUGGACUUAUUCUCCUGAUGAUUAAUCGGAGUAUGUUCUUCAGUUUGGAGAUGCACAAUGGAUUCCUGUCUCUGCAAUAUAACUUUGGCUUCAGCAAUGGCUCUGUGCUUCUUGAAGAUUCAAUGAAGAAGGCUCAAAUUAACGAUGCAAAAUUCCAUGAGAUUUCUGUUAUUUAUCAUAACUCUAAGAAAAUGAUUUUGGUGGUGGACAGACGACACAUAAAAAGUGUAGACAAUGAAAGGACAGCAAUGCCAUUCACUGAUAUCUAUAUAGGUGGAGCCCCUACAGAGAUCUUACAGUCCAGCCAUGUUAGCUCGCAUCUGACAGUAAAUACUGGUUUUAAAGGCUGCAUGAAAGGUUUCCAGUUUCAAAAGAAAGAUUUCAACUUGUUAGAGGAGUCUGGAACCCUGGGAAUCAGCUACGGCUGCCCAGAAGAAUCACUGCUGUCUCGCAAAGCAUAUUUCAAUGGAGAGAGCUUCAUUGCAUCCAGCCAAAAAGGAUCUCCCUUUGAUGAUUUUGAAGGAGGAUUCAAUUUCCGAACCUUGCAGCCUAAUGGGUUGCUAUUCUAUUAUACUGAAGGAUCAGAUGUGUUUUCCAUCUCUAUGGAUAAAGGUGCUGUAGUUUUAAAUACAAAGGGAAUCAAAGUUCAGUCAAAAGAUAGCAAUUACAAUGAUGGUAAAACUCAUUUUAUCAUUACUUCUGCCUCACCGGAAAGAUACGAGCUGAUUGUAGAUGACAAAAAUUACAGCAAAAAGAAUCCAACUAAGGACAAAUCGGGGCCAAAGCCUGAAAGUGCUAAGAAAUUCUAUUUUGGUGGCUCUCCCCUCAGUACUCAAUAUGCCAAUUUCACCGGAUGCAUAAGCAAUGCCUACUUCACUAGGUUGGAUCGAGAAGUUGAAGUUGAAGAUUUCCAGCGGUACCCAGAGAAAGUUCAGGCUUCCUUUUAUGGAUGUCCUGUUGAAUCCCCUCCUGUUGCUCUUCUCCAUAAGAAGGGAAAGAAUUCGUCAAAAGCCAAAGGAAGUCGUAAUAAAAAGGUGGGAAGAGACAAAGACAGAAUCUCACAGCUUUUAACUGACUUCAAAAAAUUAGACCAAGAAAUCGGUGCACAAAGAGACCCUCACUGCCACUUGUCCAAGAAUCCUAAGGCAAUUGACCAUGCCUAUCAAUUUGGAGGAAUAGCGAAUAGUCGGCAGGAGUUUGACUACAUACCAAAGGAUUUCAAUGAUAGAUCUCAGUUCUCCAUUAGUCUGAAAACUCACUCAUCCCAUGGAAUGAUCUUUUAUGUCUCUGAUCAAGAAGAGAACAACUUCAUGACCCUUUUUGUUGCCCAUGGACGGCUCAUUUUUAUGUUUAAUGUUGGUCACCAGAAGAUAAGGAUUAAAAGUCAAGAAAAGUACAAUGAUGGGCUUUGGCACAAUGUGAUAUUUAUUCGGGGGAAAAAUAUUGGUCGUUUGAUAAUUGAUGGCCUUCGAGUAUUGGAAGAAAAUGUUUCUACUGAUAAAACCUGGCAAGUCAGUGAACCACUCUACAUAGGGGGUGUGGCUCCAGGAAAAGCUGUGAAAAAUAUCCAGAUUAACUCCGUCUACAGUUUCAGCGGUUGUCUCAGCAAUUUACAACUCAACAGCAAAUCAGUCAUUUCUCCUUCGCAGACAUUCAGUGUAACACCUUGCUUUGAAGGCCCAUCAGAAACAGGAACAUACUUUUCAUCAGCAGGAGGAUAUGUAGUUCUUGAUGAAUCCUUCAGUUUAGGUCUGAAAUUUGAAGUUGUUUUUGAAGCACGUCCUAGAAGCAGCUCGGGAAUCCUGAUGCAUGGACACAGUGUGAAUGGAGAGUACCUAAACAUGCACAUGGAAAAUGGACAGGUAAUAGUGAAACUGAAUAAUGGAGUCAGAGACUUUUCAACUUCAGUUACACCAAAACAGAGUCUCUGUGAUGGCAAGUGGCACAGAAUGGCAGUGAUAAGAGACUCUAACGUAGUGCAGUUAGAUGUGGACUCUGAAGUAAACCAUGUCGUGGGGCCACUAAAUCCCAGAGCAAUUGACCACAGGGAACCUGUGUUUAUUGGAGGUGUGCCAGAAUCACUUCUAACAUCCAGCCUGACCACACGAAAUUCCUUUACUGGCUGCAUUCGUAACCUGGUGAUUGAUGAAAAACCAGUGAGUUUUAGUAAAGCAGCUUUGGUCAGUGGUGCAGUGAGCAUCAACACAUGUCCAGCAGCCUGAUACCGCACGUCAGCAGAACUGCAAAGGUCUUUACAGCACUGAAGGAUAAACAAGGCAAAAGGAUCUGUGUUCUAUUCCUCUGCAAUGCUGAGAAAUAAUAAAACUAUAUCAUUCAGAAUCUGUAUAUUUAGGGUCACUCACUUCAAACACAUAUGUGUACAAACAAAAAACCUCUGAAGAAUAAAGAGAUUUUUUGUCUGCAGUGCUUUUGCUAUAUAACACAAGAGUUUACAGUUACUACAGUUUCUGUGUUGCAAACCCUACUGCCCUUCUACAUAAUAAUGUUGAUGGAUUACAGAAUAAAUUAAAGUGAUUUUAAUAUGUUGCA